AAGGGCCCAGUCACUCAUCGACUCCACAACGUGAUCUGACCAGAUCUCCUUGCCACAGGUUCCAAGACCGCAAGUCUAAAAAUCUCGACAAUGUACAAAUCUGUGCUCGCCGUUCUUCUCUUGGUCGCCAUGGCCAACGCCUACGGCUAUGGUGGAUUCGGUGGAUUCGGUGGAGGCUACGGUGGAUUCGGUGGUCUCGGUGGAUUCGGCGGUCUUGGUGGAUUCGGCGGUCUUGGUGGAUUCGGCGGUCUCGGAGGUCUUGGUGGAUGGGGAGGUCUUGGUGGAAACUGGGGAGGAUACGGCUACGGAAAAAUCCUCAUCCCAGUGGGAGGCUACUAUGGCAAGGGAAACUACUACUAUUAAGAGAAAAUUCAUAACAUGAGGAUAUGUUUUCUCUUUAUUUUUGUGAUUGUUACUUUGUCUAAUAAAUAUUCAUCCAGAAAAAUGAAUAAUAAACUAUAGUAAUAAAAAAAGAAAAUAGUUUAAUACCC